UUCUUCUUCAAGACAUGCUUGCAAUAAGCUCAACCCUCACAAGACCAAACUUUGAAUAAUUCCUUAAUAGCACCUUGGUCAUCACGAACUCUCCUUGAAACCAACAAAUGGACUCCAAGAAAAGUCCAUAGAGAUUGUCAUCAAUUACCAAAACCAAACAUGGGGGCACCGCAUGUUCUUUCAACAAGCAUUUAUAUAAAUGUGAGCAACUACUAGGUAAGUUACACAGUCAUCAAAGUUGCAUUGCAUCAAAGCAUCAACAAAAUCAUCAAAAUCUAGGCACUCACAUAAGUAAUUAAUGGUCAAGAUUGAACAUCAUGGGCUGCCACACAUGGGUUGGAUGGGUACUCCAUGAUUGUGCCUGCUGGAUAAGGAGAGAGAGAGAGAGAGAGAGAGAGAGAGAGAGAGACUGAUUGUAGGUUAGUUAAUGCUCUUGGAAACAGAGAGGGGGAGAGAUGACCCUGGAACGACUGGCCUGAAAGAGAUGGCACAUGAACCCAUGCAUGAUUGACGUGUCGACGCAUUCAUGCACAGAGCCAUGGCACAAAUAAUCGUCUAUUUUUCUUCCUUUUGCAGGAGACAAUGCUUAGUAAAUCAGCAAACAUAUUCUAUCUUAUGGUUGCUUUCUUUGUAAUAACUGAUGGAACCUCUAAUAACAAUAUUAUCGUUAUUUUACUCAUUCAGGAAGAUAAACUAUCAUCAGCCACUAGACAUUGUUUUGGGUAGGUAUAUAUAACAUUUUGCUUAUUUUAUUUGUAAGAGUUUUGAUUAUUUGUGUUUGUUGUCUAUAUGCUUAUUUUGGAUUUGUAUUUAUAUUUUUACAAGCGUUUGGAUUAUUUAUUUCUUAUGCAUGUAGUUUUUUUUGUUUAUUAGGCACAAAAAGUAUUUUUUGUGCAACUACACCUUCUUUUGUACGCACUUGCGUCAUCUUUUUACAUACUUCAAAACGGUUGCUUGUGUUUUGGCAAACACAAUCGAUUUGUGGAGCGCCAUAGAGGCAUGUGUUUCGGUAAAAAAAUAACUAGUCGAUUUGUGGACCGUACUAUAUUUCUAUUUUUGGUAGGAAAUAAGUAAAUGAAACAUGCGGCAGUCCCUCUCUUGGUCGAUAUCAAUGAAUAUGCUCAUUUGCUUGAUUUUCCUUAACAUGUGUAAUCAAUUCGAUUAUCGGAACUGAUGUUGAUAGUUUAUCUUCCAAAAAGAAUAAAAUAGCAAUGACAUUGCUAUCACAGGUGACAUAUAUUAUUUAUAGGGAAAGCAACCAUAACAUAGAAUAUGUUUACUGAUUUACUAAACAUAGUCACCUUCAAAAGGAAAAAAUAAUUCAGAAAGAAAACCGAUAUAAACAGCUCCACAUACCAGCUAAUUGCCUGAGUAUUUCUGCCAUGGUUUUGUGCAUGCAUGUGCCAACGCGUCAAUCGUGCAUGGGUCCAUGUGCUGCCUAGUUCCCAAGAGCAUCAACCUACAAGUCAGUCUCUGUCUCUUUAUUUCUCUUUCUCUCCAGCAUGGCAAUCAUGGAGUCCCAUGAGAUUCAGUUAAUGGUCAUUAUAUGCAACAAUGAUUUAGUUGAUGCUUUGAGGCAAUGGUUAUGCUCCUAUUUAUAGAAAUGCUUUGUUAUCGUUCUUCUCGGCAUCAGUGGAGAAGAAGUGGAGCGAGGUGGAGGUGCAGCCUAUCCAUAAAUUAAUUUGGCACGGUACGGUUAGGGAGCUGGGCGUCGAGAGUUGGCUGAAUGGUCGAUAUACACGCCCAUGAAGCACAUACACACCAGACUAGUAGAAAAGGACAGGACGCCCGGCCCCCGGCCGGAGGCUUCUCAGCGUCAUGUUCCUUCCGACGACCUUCAUUAAUAAUCUAUAAGGCCUUCCUGCAACAGGUAUUAUAUUGCAUGCACAAACAUGCACUAUAGACGCACGUCAAGAAUCUAUAAAUUGUACGUAAUUCUCGAGCAUUUAUCAUUGAGUAGCAAGAAGAAAAACAAUGGCACUCUUAUCGUCGCCAGAGCCACACCACCUCCUCGUCUCCUUUCUUGUCUUGCUUCUCUCCUUGCUCUUCUGCUUCAUCAAGUUGAGGAGUUCAAAGAGUGUCCCAACGCUUCCAACUGAAUGGCCCCUGGUUGGCAUGCUCCCUUCCGUUGUCGCCAACCUCCAUCGCUUCCAUGACUACACCACCGCCUUCCUCGCCGCUUCCGGCAGUAGCUUCGUGUUUCGUGGGCCUGCCAUGCACUUCUUCGUCACCUGCGACCCAGCCAACGUCCGCCACAUCUUCGUCUCCAACUUCACAAAUUACCCCAAGGGCGAGGAGUUCGCUGCCAUCUUCGACGCCAUGGGGAACAGCUUCUUCAACGCGGACGGCGAGUCAUGGCGCCGCCAGCGUAGCAGAGUGCAACACCUCAUGUCGAGCCCACAGCUGCUGGCUCACAUGGCCUGCUGCUGCCGCGAUAAGCUGAAGAACGGCCUCCUCCCCUUCUUGGCGCGCAUGGACAGCCUAACCCCGUUCGAUAUGCAGGACGUGUUUACCAGGUUCACAUUCGACAUGACGGCCAUGUCGGUCUUCGGGGUCGACCCUGGCCUUCUGACCACGGAUAUGCCACCUGUAAUUGUGCCGGACGCCAUGGAAGCUGUCAUGGAUGUAGGCUUCUUCCGGAACAUGGUGCCAGCAUCUUGCUGGAAGUUGAUGAAGCGUCUAAAAAUCGGCCCAGAGCGGAAGCUCGCCGCAGCGCAAUCGGAGCUGUGCAGGUUUGUCACGGAGAUGAUGGAGGAAAGGGGAGAUGGGUCAGUCCACAUGGAUGAAGAGCAAGAGAACCGUAAUGUAGAAAUUGUUUCUUCCUACAUCCAUGACCCGGAGUAUAUUGACGACCAUGGAAAACCUAAUGGCUUCAUGUACGCCACCCUGAUCAAUUACAUGUUUGCCGGGCGUGACACGGUCGGCACGACCCUCACCUGGCUCUUCUACAACCUCAUCAAACACCCGCACAUCGUGUCGAGCAUUAGAAGAGAACUAGCUCCCAUUGCCAUGCACAAAGCAAACAAUUCCACCACCAUGGUAACCUUUGAGCCAGAGGAGACAGAACCUCUCAUCUAUCUACACGCGGCAUUGUUCGAAUCCAUGAGGCUGUACCCACCGGGCCCCAUCGAGCGUAAGACGGUGAUGACUGACGACGUACUGCCGAGCGGUCACAAGGUGCAAAGGGGUGAAACCAUCCUGAUUUCACUCUACUCAAUGGGCAGGAUGGAAGGUGUGUGGGGCAAGGAUUGCAGGGAGUACCGCCCAGAAAGGUGGGUCAAAGAGGAUGGCAAGCUUCUGUACGUACCGUCCUACAAGUUCCUAGCAUUCAACGCCGGGCCGAGAUCAUGCUUGGGCAAGCACAUCUCGGUAUUGCAGAUGAAGAGUGUCGUUGCCGCCAUGGUGUGGAACUUCGAUUUUGAAAUGGUGGGAGGGUACGUUGUAGAGCCAAAGCCAUCAGUUGUGCUCAAGAUGAAGAAUGGGUUGUGGGCCAAGAUCCUCAAACGGCAGAUCGAAUGAAUGACAAUACCAACCCAGCAGUACCGUGUAAUUUGUCUAAGCUUCUUUUAUCGAUUCUAAGUUUAUAAGUAUGCGCUCUUCCUUGCAGAUGCAUGGGUGCACGUAAUGUAAAGUUUUAGAGUAUUUCUGGAUAUCCCCACAAUGUAAGAGGUACAAUAAGUUGGCCCCCGAUUUGUUGUAAUUUGUUUGUA